AUGUUCCUGCACCACGCCGCGCAGGCUGGCGUCGCCUGUACAGGCAGCUAUACACACAUCAGCGCCAUAUGUCUCAAACUACAUCUCAUGAGGAACCUCGUCGACGGGAAAAAUAAUUUUGAAAAUGAAUUCAAUAAUCUGUUUAGUUUUGAGACACAACUUACUGGUGGUGUAGGGGACGUUACCCAAGAUCCAAAAAGUAAAAAUAGAUUCUUCAUUAUACCAGACAAAAAGUAUCAACCUCUUUUACAAGUGGAUUCCCCCGGAGAAGAGGGCUAUAUCAAUGCUGUCACAUUACCUAGCCUGUACACCCAGACCAAACAGUUUCUGACCCAGCUGCCCAUGCCCACUACGGUCAAUGAUUUCUGGAGACUGGUCACACAGUAUAACGUCUCCUUGAUUGUUGCUUUUAAAUCCUAUGAAAAGGACAAGUCAUUAGCUAUCUACUUACCUGAAGAACAAGGCCAGCCGUUACAAUGUGGGAACAUAGCUGUCAAUGUCGAGUCAGUAACAACAGCACCAACAUGGACAGAAAUUAAGCUUACCGUUAAGGGGAAACAAACGCAAGAAGUGACUCAUCUCACGUUUACAGAGCGUCAUAUCGAACCCAAAAAUCUCCUGCCAAACGGUGCUGAACUGAGUGGACUGGCCUAUGUUGUGACAACUCUGAUGGACAGACUGGACCAAGAGAACUAUUUGACCGUUCCUGUUGUUGUUGGUAAAGUCAAAUCCAUCAGACCGCACGCCAUUCCUACACUUCAACAGUAUAUUCUUGUGUACGAGACAAUGAAACUCUACACUGAAGCAGUGAUCUCUACAGAGAGGCAUCGAGCAGAGUACAGCUCAACUGUCUGA